AUGAACAUGGCCGCACUGUGGAAGUGGGGGGAGGAUCUCGAGCUCGAUGUCAGCCCGAUCUGCAUGAUGGCUCGGAAUGUGGGCGGGGAGCCGAUGAUGUUGUGCGGCAUGUCCUUGGCACGACAUGAACAUACUGUUGUGAUGAAGCGGGCGGGAGAACAGCGCGUGUUGUAUGUCUUCAUACAACAUGCGCUACCAUUGCGAUCCUUGACCUCGUCUGAUAAUCUGGAUGCCCGAUUCUUUGUUGAAGCACUGCACGUCGAAGACCUCGAGCCGAUGGUUGCAGCGUCGCCGCCGAUGUGA